AGCCCCAGACGCUGGGCUGCGGGCGGAGGCGGGCUGGGGGGGAGGGAAGCAGCCAGAGGGUGACCGCUGCCUGCGCUGCGCCCGGGAGCGAAUUGGAAGAAUCCAGGAUGUCAAGGCUUUGAAAAAUAGACAUCUUAUUAGACUACCAUAGUGAAGCUGAAAAGGUAGAUGCAGUUUCAAGUACCAGGUUGAGUGACCUAGUUGAGUGUACAGGUUGUGUACACUAUGUGUAUGUAUAUACCCACAUAUUUCCGUAGUCACACUGACUUGUUCUUGCAUACUCCUGGGAGUUUUGCAAUUGAUGAAAAUUAACUUAAGAACCAGAUGGAGCAACUUGACAGCACAGGGAUCAAGAGCCCAUGGAAAGACACCUGCCACUAAUGGUCCGCUUUCCAUAUGGUCUUCAUGAGUGAAAAAGGUUUUCAAGAAGAGGAAGAAAGAACACCCUCUGCCACAGAACAAGCCUCACAAAUACCUCCACAACCUAAAGGAAUAAUUGAGAGAGAGGCAGCGUGGGGAGGAAACUGACUUAGAUAUUGCAAAGGGAACAAUGAACUGUCUUUGGCACAUUUUUUUGCAUUGACCUCAGUAAAUUGUAAUUGAGUUUAAUGUACUGGACUAAUAAAUAGUGACCAUUUAUUGUGUGGUAAUGACUGGAAGAAAGUAAGUUUUUAGAAACAAUGGGACAAACAAUUUGGGCAUUGAACUGACAAACCUCAUCCUCUGUAUUGAGUUAACUGGGUCAUCGAACAUACUUUGUCCCUUCCUUUUUUUCCUCUUUUUACUUAGUAUGGUAUAAACUCAUAAAUGUUAUUCAUCUAAAACAAUCAGAACACGACGUAUGUUUCCUUCAUGUAUAGCUGCAAAUGUGGUCUUUUGGAACUAUGAAUCUGAGCUCUAGACAAGCCUCAAGAAGGAAGGAGUCCAUCAAACAAGAAAAGAAAAUAUCUAGGGAAAUAGUGAAACUGGGAAGUCAGAUUUCUAGUGCUGGUCCUCUUUUUUUUUUUUUAUUUGUUGAUUAUUUUUCUUCUUUCCUCGAAUCCUAGAAGGUUUGCAAAUGAGUGCUUUCUUGACAUGCUUUAAUUUUGGCACUUGUUUUUGCAGCAGGGUGAAAAGUCUGAUUCUUUUGUAACAGGAAAAAGGGAAAAGUAAAAGAAAAACAGCCUGAUGUGCAGUGCUAUUCUGUAGGAGAGAAUUUCAUGGUUCACCUGAGGCAAACUUAUCUGCUCUAAAAGCUUUAGAGGAUUUUUGAUUCUGUAAAUGAAAAGGGGUUUUCUCUUUCAUGCCCGUGUGGCAGCAAGAAGUGGGAAAGCAGGCGAGAUAGCAUGAUAAAGAAUUCAGGUUGUGUUGGGUCUCUGGUGGAAAAAAGAUCUGCAAUGAAAAUAGGACUGUCUUUGGAUUGCAAAAACCAUUGAAUCCACCGAGUAGAUUAGUACCAAGAGGGAUUUCCCAUCUGGCCUGGCACGGUGGUGCCUGCACAAGCUCGGAUCUGUUGUUUCGCACGGUUUGUGUGCCUUUUUUUCCCUUUAUGCAAUCUCUUUCAGCUUUAGCAGCAGAAAUUUGCUUGGCGGAGAAGUUAUGCCAGAGGGCAGCUUGGGAAAGAUGAAUGUCUUAUAUAUCUACAUGUAUAUAUGUGUGCGUGUUUAAAUUUCUACGACUGAACUUUUGAAGAAAAUCUGACUGGAGGAAAUCUUAAAGCCUUAAGUUACUUGAAAUCUUUACACAUUUGCAACUCUUUGUCUCUGGAAUUGCAUUACACUAAACUGGAAUCUCAGGCUGUAUAAAGAUAACAUCAAAUUGAGCAAAAAGACGACUUACCACUUCUUGAGCGCCUCUUAUGAAGUAGCUGUUUCUCCAAAGGAUAAGUGCACCCUCACUCUAAUGACUCAAAGACAAAAGGAAUCUGAUUUUUUUUUAAGUGUUACUUUUUCUUAGCCAGCUGCCAUUGUCUUUUAUAGAAGAAUUUUUCACUAUGCAUUUGGUGGAUAUUUAUAAACACUGAUCCGUGUUCUCCCUUCCACUGAUCUAUCCCAGGUCAGUCUUAUCAAUAAAAAAAAAAGAUUUAAAUUUUGUGCACUAGACAUAUUACUUUCUUAUGUCAACAAUUAAAGAUAAUAAAAAAGCAUGUAUGCAACGGUGGAACAUGGGCCUAUUCUUUGCAGUGAUUCCAACAUCCUCUGCCUCUCCUGGAAAGGUAGAGUUCCCAAAAGCGAGAAGGAGAAACCAGUGUGCAGGAGGCGGUACUAUGAAGAAGGCUGGCUAGCAACAGGCAAUGGCAGAGGAGUUGUCGGAGUGACUUUCACUUCCAGUCAUUGUCGGAGAGACCGGAACACCCCUCAGAGAAUCAACUUCAAUCUGAGGGGCCACAACAGCGAGGUUGUACUGGUGAGAUGGAAUGAACCAUUCCAGAAACUGGCAACCUGCGAUGCAGAUGGAGGAAUUUUUGUUUGGAUUCAGUAUGAAGGCAGAUGGUCUGUGGAGCUUGUGAAUGAUCGUGGGGCACAGGUGAGCGACUUUACAUGGAGCCAUGAUGGGACUCAAGCACUCAUCUCCUAUAGGGAUGGGUUUGUGCUGGUUGGUUCAGUCAGUGGACAGAGACAUUGGUCUUCAGAGAUUAACUUGGAGAGUCAGAUCACCUGUGGCAUAUGGACUCCUGAUGAUCAGCAGUAUAUAGAUUCUGCUGGAGAGGAGCUGCAGUUACAGCUUUCACCCACCAGGGGCUGCUGUGUUGCCAGAAGAGAGUGCUGCCAGCUGGAGGGGCUGUGUUCCCCACAGUGUGGCCAGGUACUGUUUGGCACUGCUGAUGGUCAGGUUAUUGUCAUGGACUGCCAUGGCCGAAUGCUGGCACAUGUUCUCCUUCAUGAGUCAGAUGGCAUCCUCAGUAUGUCCUGGAACUACCCCAGCUUCCUGGUGGAAGACAGCAGUGAAAGUGACACAGAUUCUGAUGACUACUCCCCACCGCAAGAUGGUCCAGCUGCAUAUCCGGUCCCAGUGCAGAACACCAAACCACUACUCACUGUCAGCUUCACGUCAGGAGACAUUAGUUUAAUGAACAACUAUGAUGACUUGUCUCCUACUGUCAUCCGCUCAGGGUUGAAAGAUGUGGUGGUGCAGUGGUGUACACAGGGAGACCUGUUGGCUGUAGCAGGCAUGGAAAAGCAAAGUCAGCUAGCUGACCUUGGUAGCAGUGCCAUUCUGAAAAGUGCGCUCAUCAAAUUCUACAAUGUCCGUGGUGAACAUAUCUACACGCUGGAGACUUCUGUGCAGCGUCCCAUAAUCUCCAUUUGCUGGGGCCACAGGGACUCACGCCUGCUCAUGGCUUCUGGCCCUGCACUCUAUGUUGUCAGAGUAGAGCACAGAGUCUCCAGCCUGCAGCUCCUAUGCCAGCAGACCAUUGUUAGCUCUCUGCGGGAUGACAAGGAUAUCAGCAAACUGACUCUGCCUCCUCGGCUCUGCUCAUACCUCACCACUGCCUUUAUACCAACCAUCAAGCCUCCUAUCCCAGACCCCAACAAUAUGAGAGAUUUUGUCAGCUAUCCAACAGCUGGCAAUGAAAGGCUUCACUGCACAAUGAAGCGGACAGAAGAUGAUCCGGAGGUCGGAGGUCCAUGCUACACGCUGUACUUGGAAUACCUAGGAGGACUGGUACCUAUCCUAAAAGGGCGCCGAAUCAGCAAACUGCGGCCAGAAUUUGUCAUCAUGGAUCCUAAAACCGAUGGAAAACCAGAUGAAAUCUAUGGAAACAGCUUGAUUUCCACUGUGAUUGACAGCUGCAACUGCUCAGACUCCAGUGAUAUUGAACUGAGCGAUGACUGGGCUGCGAAGAAAUCUCCGAAAAUCACUCGAGCUAGCAAAUCACCCAAACUCCCCAGAAUUAAUAUAGAUGCCCGCAAAUCUCCAAAGUUGUCGCGAGCUGCUCAGGAGAUAUCAAGAUCUCCAAGGUUACCAAUAAGGAAACCUUCUAUUGGUUCACCAAGCCUAACUCGACGAGAGUUUCCAUUGGAAGAUAUCACUCAGCACAACUAUCUUGCUCAGGUCACGUCUAAUAUCUGGGGAACCAAAUUUAAGAUUGUGGGUUUGGCUGCUUUCCUACCAACUAACCUUGGUGCAGUGAUUUAUAAAACCAGUUUGCUGCAUCUCCAACCCAGACAGAUGACUAUUUAUCUCCCUGAAGUGCGUAAGAUUUCCAUGGACUACAUUAACCUGCCUGUCUUCAACCCCAAUGUUUUCAGUGAAGAUGAAGAUGAUUUACCAGUAACUGGAGCAUCUGGAGUCCCUGAGAACAACCCCGCCUGCACCGUCAAUAUCCCUAUUGCUCCUAUUCACAGCUCAGCGCAAGCUAUGUCACCGACUCAGAGUAUAGGACUGGUUCAGUCCUUGUUGGCCAAUCAGAACGUGCAGUUGGAUGUCUUGACUAAUCAGACGACAGCAGUGGGGACGACAGAGCACGCAGGUGAUAGCACAGUGCAGUACCCAGUCUCAAGCAGGUACUCCAAUCCGGGACAGGUGAUUUUUGGAGGAGUGGAAAUGGGGCGCAUCAUCCAGGCACCGCCUCAGUUAUCCCUGCAACCGCAGGGUGCAAUACAGAUGGCGAUAAUGGAUCACAGAGAAGGAGACAGAGACCAUGAACAUCACCAAAAGGCAAAAACUUUACGGCCAGUGCAGCAGCUGGCAGAAGGGGACGCUGUUGUCUUCAGCACUGCACAAGAAAUACAACUGAACAAAAUGAACCCGCCCCCUCCUUACCCUGGAACCAUACCAGCCGCUCCCACUGGACCACCGCCUCCCCCACCUGUCCCGCCCCAGCCACCUAUGGAUCUCUGUCUGAAAAAGGGAGACUUUUCUCUUUAUCCAGCAGGACAUUAUCAGACCCCUCUUGGCUACGAGCGAAUAACGACCUUUGAUAGCAGUGGGAACGUUGAAGAGGUGUGCCGGCCUCGAACAAGGAUGCUGAAUACUUAUACCCUGCCGGGUCCCGGCAGCUCUGCCACUUUAAGGAUUACAGCAGCAGAGAAGAAAAUCCAGCAGCCCUGUUCCAGUGCUACCCUGAAUAGGCUGACAGUUCCUCGUUAUUCUAUACCGACUGGGGAUCCACCACCUUACCCAGAAAUUGCCAGCCAGCUGUCACAGGGCCGUAGCAUCACACAGAGGCUGGACAGUAGUAUUAUCCAUGCUACUCUGCGGAGAAACAGCAGAGAGGCAGCUCUGAAAAUGGCUCAGUUGGUCGACAGCCAAAGAGCCACUUUACAACAUCCAUCAAAACCUAAGAGCAAUGUUGUGACAGCACAGUACCAGCAGAGGGCACCGACAGCUUUAUACACCUGUAGUCAAUGCAGCAGCAGUAACAGCAACCCGAGUAGCAGCGGUGGUGGGAACAUCAGUAAUGCCAAUGCUAGUAACAGCACUUCCAGUAUUAGCAGUAUGAGGCCUGACGUAACCACUGGGAGCAGUUCCCAGCACAGUUCUGUCAUUGCUCACUCAGUCAGUACUUCGCCCUUGGCCUCCCAGUCCUCAUACAAUUUGCUGAGCCCACCUGAUAACUCUCGUGAUCGGACAGAUUAUAUCAACUCUGCCUUCACAGAAGAUGAGGCACUUUCUCAGCACUGUCCAGUGGAGAAAUCGAUAAGGCACAUGCCUGUAGCCUUGACAGAGGCUACUGUUGGUGGGAAACAGCCACCCCCAUACCAGUGGGACCCUAUGGUGAGUGAGGAGAUAUGGGUUCCUCAGGAAAGGACAGCUCAAAGUUCAGUGCCCAACCCUCUCAAACCUGCUCCUCUAAUUGGUCAAGCUCAGCAUCUUGAUAUGUCUCGAGUGCCAUUUGUUUCCCCCAAAUCUCCAACCAGUCCCCCUGCCACUUUCCAGAUGAGUUAUGGGGUUGCAGUACCUUAUCCAGGAAGCUACAGUGCCCCUCCUCUCCAGGGAAUCCAGGCCCCCUGCUCCCCCAAAGAUGCUCUGGCCCCAACACAGUUUGCACAACAAGAGCCAACUGUAGUACUUCAGCCAGGUUAUCCAUCUAACUUCUCCUAUUGCCCCUUGCCACCCAUGUAUCCAGGAAGUAGCACUUGCUCUAGUUUACAGCUGCCACCAAUAGCCUUGCACCCAUGGAAUUCCUACAGUGCAUGCCCACCUGUACAGAAUUCUCAAGGCACUUUGCCCCCCAAGCCACUUCUAGUGGUGGAGAAGCCAGUUAUGUCUCCACCGCCAGCAGAGCUUCAGGGUCAUGUGGGCACAGAAGUAAUGGUGGAGACAGCAGACACCUUCCAGGAGGUUCUCUCCCUCACAGAAAGUCCCAUUCCUCAACGGACAGACAAGUUUGGGAAGAAGAACCGGAAGCGCCUGGAUAGUCGAGCUGAGGAAGGAAGUGUGCAGGCUAUCACAGAGGGCAAGGUCAAAAAGGAGGCAAGGACACUGACUGACUUCAACUCCCUAAUAUCCAGCCCUAGGCUCGGAAGGGAGAAGAAGAAAAUCAAGAGCCAGAAGGACCAGCUGAAGUCAAAGAAGCUGAACAAGACGAAUGAGUUUCAGGACAGUUCAGAGAGUGAGCCAGAACUUUUUAUCAGUGGGGAUGAACUGAUGAACCAGAGCCAAGGAAGCAAAAAGGGAUGGAAAACCAAAAGGAAUUUGAGGACAGCCAGUGAGCUGGAUGAGUUCAAGUGCCGGAAGGCCAACGAAAAGGAGGAUGGGAGGCUGGGAAGCCAGGGCUUUGUGUACGUGAUGGCCAACAAGCAGCCCUUGUGGAACGAGGCGACACAAGUGUAUCAGCUGGACUUUGGAGGACGGGUGACCCAGGAGUCUGCAAAAAACUUCCAGAUUGAGCUGGAAGGACGACAGGUAAUGCAGUUUGGAAGGAUUGAUGGCAACGCUUACAUUUUGGACUUUCAGUAUCCGUUUUCUGCAGUGCAGGCCUUUGCAGUUGCUCUGGCUAACGUGACUCAACGCCUCAAAUGAAAAGAGCAGAGACUGGAGAGAGAAAACCCUUCUCCUAAUGUCCGAACUGGAAAAUGUCAGGGCGGCCUGUUUUAGGUGCAUGAAGGCGCCGGGGAGUGAAGAAGGCAGUAAAACUGGAAAAAUCUCUUGGUGCCCAAAAGAGGGCAUUAACUUUAGUCAUAAUUGGGGUGGGGGAGCUGUUUGUUUGGGUUGUUUUUUUUUUGUUUUUUUUAACGUUGUGCUGGGGUUUCAGAAAGAGCAUCAGGUGAGAGCCAUUCAGUGUUAUGUUGGGAAAUGUGGCUUUUGGCUUGUUGUGAUGGUUCUGCUGUGUUUGCUGCAGUAGCUGACGUACGCUCGUAGGGGGGUAAAAAAGACUGCUCUCUUUGAUAGACUGCCGUAUAGCAUGCUGUUCUUUUUAAAACAGGGAACAUAACCUUUUUUUCUGGUCCAGUAUGUACUCCUACAUCAGUGAUAGCAGGGAAAAAAAAAAGCUAUAAUACUUGAAGACACAUGUUUCUUCUCUGAUCAUAGCUGAGCACUGCAGGUACCAAGGAGGUUUAUGAAGGUCAAUAUUUAAUUUAUAAAUACUGAUGUAUUAUUCAGAAGAGAAACAAAACUGUUACCAUUAGAUGGUUUCAAAACACAUUUCAUUGAAGAAGUUGGGUGUCUGCUUUUUGUGUGCAGUUACUUGGGAUAAAUGUGUUUCACUAGAUGAUGGAGAACAGUGAAGGGAGGAGUUGUGAGAGGUGCAUACAUAAGUGUGUAGGUAAGCAGUAUUCUCUGACUUGUACUACAUGUGUGUAGUACAUACAUGCAGCCUGGCGUAGCACAUGGGCAAGGGCUACACCUCUUCACUAAAAGAUCUUUACAUGUUAAGAACAGAAUUGUUCAAAUACAUAAAAUGGGCCCAGUGAGUAAACUUCUUCUAAAUCCAUGGUGAAUCGGAGCAUUGCAUUAAUUAGGAAAGAGAAAGGCGUGUGAGGACAGUAGGGGAUUUCUCAUCACCGCCGGUUGGAAAAAAGAGAGAAAAGGAAGGAAAUAUUGGAGAGUACUGCCCCUUUCACCCACCUCCUAUUUGAGUACAGCAUUAUAGGCUGUCGUUUGAAUGGUUAACAGUCCAAAAAAAGAAUGGGAAGCCAAAAUGUAUAUAGCUGGUUAUGGCUUUUUAAUCACCUAUAUACAGUAACAAGACUGUUUCUAACUGCAAAUCUGUCUUAUAUAAGUCAAAGCCUGUGUUAGGUGUUUCAAUGGGUAGAGAGAGAUUCUGUUAUUGCUCUAGUGCUCUCUCUCUCACAUGCACACACAUUUCUCUGUUGAAUACAGUUUGAUUUGCAAAUGCUUCCCCAGUAACACAUGAAAACCCUGAUCAUUCAUUAAAUUAAAUUCACAGUAGAUUGCAAAAUGUAACUGUCGAUUUCCUUUAAAAAUACUCUUUCAAAUCAGGACACAUUUAGAAAGAUGGGGUGGUGGCUGGUUUAUCUUUGUCUGUAAACCUCAGUUUUACUCCUUACUAGGAAACCCUUCAUAACUUGGUUUAAAACACAAACCAUACUCCAAGGGAGUAAAAUACAUCACUGUGAUUGUUUGAAAUGUCUGUAAAGGUAGGCUAGACUAAGUAGGCUUGAUUCAUUGCAGGGAACCCAUCGGGGGUACAGGACCCCCAGUGGAGGAAGGGAUGCAGCAGCUCCCUGGCUCCAACCUUCACUAGGGACUCUGAAGCCAGACAACAGAGGGUAGGGAAUGCUGGCCAGAGACAGGUUUUGACAAGAAUAUCUAGGGAUGUGCUGAUUCAGAUGAUCUCCUAGGCAAUCUCCACCAGAUUGUGGCCCCAGAAAGACCCACCUGCAAGAUAAUACUGUCCUUCUGUUAUGGAGCCCCUGGAGAGGAUGGUGGUAUAAUCCGUGUAUUAUCUCGGGGCUCAGCAGUCUCUGCUUGCACAUGGGAGUGGAUCAAGCCCAAUAUUUCCCUUGGUAUUAACUCUUCUAUUUGCUUUUAUGUAUUCACUUUUGUUGAAACUCCAUCAAUUAGGUGUAUAUCUUUCUGUUACAGAGGAACCACACCUCCAUAGUUAUUUAGUAGCUGAUUUUAGUGACAGCUUCUGGAGUGUGUGUGUGGAGGAGGAGGUAGACAGAGAUCAAAUGGGCUUGGUCCUGCUGACUUUGAAAUCAGUGGGAGUUUGCCAUCGACUUCAGUGGGAGCAAGAUUGGGCCAAAAGUGCAGAAUUACGUGCUGUUUAGGCAACAGGCUUAUUCCUUACACUCGAUUUCAAUGGCACUACCCAUAUGAGUGAGGAUUGCGAGGCUUGACCCAAUGGUGCUUCUGAAGAGAUCCUAAUAGCUCUAAUUAAUCCCAUAAGCAACUCAUAAGCAGUAUUGGAAUAUUGAGAAGUGUGCACUGAACACAUUGAGGCCAAAAGCAUAUUGAUUCAUUUCUUCUUUUAGGAGGACAGGUAUUCUGUUGCUUUAGAGAAAUAAUCCUCUUAAAGAGACAUUGUCAACUAGUUUUAGGCCAAGAAUGCAGAUUUAAUGGAAUUAAGCAUGUUUGCGCAUGUGUGUGCUCAACAUACCUCAUCUAAAGAGAACUGUUUUCAUACUGCUGUUUUCUUUAACUUUCCAGGCAAAGAUUUGUCAUCUUUUCUUUUUUAACAUUCCCCUGCAGUAUUAUGAACCAAAUUAACAGCAGCAAUGUGCAAAUGCAGGAAAACCAGAAAGCAAAAGUGGUGAAAACUUAAGUGAAACCUGCGUCUAGUUUUAUUAUCCAGAAUCUAUUGAUAUUUGGUUCUGGUAGCACACACAGUGUCUUGGAGCUUUCCAGAUAUAGAAGAAGGCCUUGUUCCCACCUCACAGAAGCACAAAAACAAACAACACAAAUGGUGAAAAUGGUGAUUUCUGACUUUCAUUGUUUUUAUGUUAUAAGGUACAGAGUUUUUCUUCUGUAAGUAUGUUGACAGUGUCCCUUUAAGGCAACAAUUUAAUGGCAUAAAGACUACCUACGGUUAGGGACAGAUUUUGCCCUCAAUUAAGUAUACACAAUUCCUGCUGAAGUCAAUUGGGUCCUAAAUUAUGAAGACAGCAGGUGACAAUGAUCAUUGUCUUUUUGGUUUCUUUGUAUGUUGAGAUAAAAUUUAAGAAACAACUUUAAAAGCUCUCCAAACUAAUACUUCCACUAGGGUGAUUUUAAUCAUGAAGAUUGCUGUUGCAUUCAAGCCAAAACACUGAUUUUACAUUUUAUAUUCAAGUGUUGCAACCUAGUUUUUGUGUAGACAAUUGUAAGUUCUUCUAGGAAGAAAAUAGCAACAUGUUCUGAAUUACCUAAUUCUUUUAUACAUACAGUAGUUUCCAGUAGUUCAAUAUGGUUUUCAAAAGCUUUUGUUUUUAGUUGUGCAAUAAUUGUUAAGCCAAAGGGCUUAUGGUUUGUUUUUGAGGGGUUGAGUUAUUUUUUAAAGAUAAUUUAAUGCAAAUUUCCUGUUAAUGUCCGAGUCAAAUUAUUUAUCUUGCUUAAUGUAAUAAGUGAUUUAGGGAUUAUUUUAUUACUAUGUACCAGUGAGUAAGUACACACUUUCUUAUUUAUAUGAAAAGAGGAUCUUUGUAAUUAAUUGUUUGCCAGCAAUAUGUUUUGCUGGAAGAAAUUGUUUAAGAAUGUGUAUAGGACAACUUUUUUUGCUGGACAAUAUUCAACAUUUUAUAAUGUAGGGAAGAAUCUUGUUUAUCAGGCAGUUGUGAAAAGCAGAUAUGCUAUUGGGGAUUCUGUAGACUACAUACAGUGUAGAUUUUUUGGGAGGACCUGCAGAAAUCUGUCCUCUAUACUGUGUAUUUUCCCAUUGUGUUUUAACUGGCUUUUUCAGUCAUGGAGAUGGUUUAAAAAACACAAAUCAUGAUUUGCUUUAUCUUUCUUUUCUUAGAGCUAGCUUUGAUUUUGUGGUACAGAAUAGAGGCGGUUUCAUGUAUAAAAUAAGUGUUUUAUAUAUGGCUCAUUUUGGGUGACAUUCAUCUCAGUGCCGAGGGCUAGUACAUAGCCUGUGCAUCACUGAAGUCCUAUUUAAGGGGCCAGAUUGCCUGUUGUGCUCAAGCUCCGCUCCUGUUACAGCUCCCUGAUUCUGAGGCUAAUCUGAGCUGACCCCAGCCUUGGGAAUGCUUAGAGUAGCUGAGAAGCUUUAAUUGGCCCUACAGUGGAGGCUAGGGAGAGCAGAGGACCUUUACACCAGCAGUGACUUCCCCUAUGCCAGGGGAUUUCCCUGCUGGCUGAUUUGCAGCCAGAAUCAAUCCCCAUUGCACUGCCUGAGUGGCACAAAGAGGCCAGAUUUAAUUUGACAAUCUGGCUCUAGCCCUCAAAAUGUGGUGUAAGUGGGUCCAAAAAAUAAUACACAGACCUUGUCGGCCCUCUACAGAGGAGUGAAUUUCAUCCUGAGAACCACUGGUACUUUUCAGCAGUAGUACUAUGGUUCUAGAAUAGCAGAAAUAAAUAGGAGAGGGAGAUGAAAGUAGCAUAAAGGAAAAUUACUGAGUCAAGUUAAUAAUUUUACAUUCAUUCCCAGAGCAGACAAUGGCAAUUUCCAUAUGGAGUCAGAAUGAUCUUGCGUAUUAGUAGCUGUACAGUAAAUUUGCACUAGGGGAUACCUCAAAUAGGUAAACUCUGUCUUAAGCAACCUCUUUGAAGUAUCCCCAAGGUUUACAGUCCACUUCUGUUCCAUGUUUCAGUGAAGAUUCACUGCCACUAUGAGGCAAUCAUACUUUGCUUGUGCUUUGAGUUGUUGCUUCAGAUAAUUUGAGUGCAGUUAUUUCUGAAGUCUGUUUUUUGUGGCUGUGUUACAUCUGGGUGCCCAAUGAGCACUUAGCAACUGUGUAAAUCUUCAUAUGAAAAGGUGAACAUGGUGGAGGAGGAGCAGCUUUGACAAAAAAGAGAGAAAAAUUUGACUUCUACUAGCUUGAAAGAUGGUGUUUGCCAGAGCAGUAGUUAGUUGCACUAUAAUAAAAGCAGCUAUUUCUGCAGGGCACAAACUACUCUACACUGGCAACCUAGUGCUAGGUUGCCAACACAGAGUCCUAUUCACUUUAGUACAAUCCUGUAUAGGCACAAGGGUCUUCACGCAUGAAUCCUUCUCCGGGAUCAGGGCUUAAGGCUGUUGCUGCAUGUAUCAUGCUGGAGUGAAUUAAGCUAUAUUACCAUCUCCCAGGAAUGGUCUCAAAAGGGAAUUGUUUUAAGAUUACAUUUUUUUCAAGUGUGCACAAAUACACAGUCACGCACAGAAACUUUAAGGAAAAAAAUCCAACCCAGCACUGAGCAUUGCAUGUUGAGAAAGAAGUUUUAGGAAAGAAUUGCUUUGGGGUUUUGAUUGUUUUAGGCUGUAUCUGUGCAAAUAGGAAAAUAUAGCAAGAGCAGUUAAAGUAAGAGGACAAAGGAGGAGUCACUGAAGCAACAGUUGUUCUUAAAAUUAAAAAACAACAGCUCUAGGCCCAUAAUUCCACAAAUGUGUCCAUGCAGUCAGGCUCCUCUACUAUACAGAUUGACUUGAAUUGGACUCUGCAAGGAUGUCUCCACACAGAUACAAUUGAACAAUUGGGACUAUAAUGACUUUGCGGGAUGAAAGACAACCCCAAACUACUACUCUCUCCAAAAUGUGCACAGAAAAAUUGGAUUCAUAAUGGUAGAUGGAUGUAAAGGCUCUGUAAAUGUACCUAAUUGUUCCCCUCCAAUUUACACUAACUCCAAAUUUAAAAAUAAAAUCGGAUACAGGAGUUUUGGAUAGUGACAAAGCUGUCUGUCUGUCUGAAUGUUUACUUUGUUGGCCAGAUAACUGAUUGUGAAAAGAUGGCCAGAUUAACAUUGGUUCAAAUAAUAAAGUGUUAAGAUUAAAAAUAAUAAUAAAACUGAGAGAAACAUUUUUGUUUAAUGUUAGCAGAUGAUUGCAUUUUCAGUAUUUCAUCAAAAUAGUGCUCAGCAUAGUUCCCAUCAAUCUAUUAUUUCUGGUUCCUUGUUGAUAAGAUUUGUAAUUUUUCUUUCUUUUCUUUUGUUAGCUUGGUCUCUGUUUUGCCUUUUGCUUCCUAUUCUUUUUUUUCUUACUGUGUUUUUCUCUUUUCUUUGUGAGUGUGUAUGUUGUGUUGGGGGGAUGGUGUUUAAGAUCUUGUUUGUUGUAGAUACAAAAUAUGUCGUGUUGUUGAAUCGCAUGGGGAUGCAUUUGAUUGAAAAAAGGCACGGUAGUAUUUCCUGAAAAAGAUUUUUUUUUGCAUUUGUUUAUAAAUGCAUUAUUUUGGUACUGUAACUUUGGACAUUUUUUCUGAAUCUAUUACUACCGUUUUUGGCUUUAUUUUUUUUAAACAAGUGUGCAGUCAUGCAGGUGCCGAGAUCCCUAGCCAAAUGACCCAGCAUGUUCUUUUCAAGCCUUCGGGGAAAUUGGUACACUGCUGCGUACUAUUACAUAGGUACACUAUUUUAAAAACAUAUUUCUGGAAUUUUUUUUUUAAAAUAUAACAUUCUGAACCAGGUUUUCAUUGUAAUUAUAGACUUACCCUGAUCUGCCUCUCCUUUUAUGUAUCUUGUGUAAUACAGUGUACGGGUGGUACCUAGAAAGCAUUAAUGGUUUCCCUUUAAUAAUGUGGUUUGUCCAAAUUCUUUACUGUCUACAUGAUUAAGAGAUGGACUGAUAGCCCUAUUUUUCCUUGAUGAUUUGGAGUUGUAAGAGUUGUCCAGCUGUUGCUUAAUAAAAUUUUGCAGACUAGAAAA